GUCAUGUGACGGGAAAAACAAAAUGUCAACAACACUCAGCUCUGUGCUGUGAAACAGGGGGAAAUAAACCUUUGUUUCCAGGCCUUUUCUGGUGUUUAAUUAAAAUAAAAUGAAUUAUUAUCCACUCUACGGCGUGAGAACCGGAUGUUAGCUUUUUGUUUCCCAGCUGUCACUGCGCAGGAUGGCUGUGGCUCAUCCAGGUCAGUCCUCCCUGGUGCACAGCUUGGCCACACUUCUGCGCAAUAAUGGUGACAUGGUGCUGGAUGGCAGCAGCACGCUGACUCUCCCGGCCUGCUCGCUGCAGCAGCUCACGCGGCUCUUCGAGCAGCACCUUCUGUCCAGGAGCCAGCAGCAUGGCUUCCUGGCGCUGCCCUCUCACCCGGCCGACACGUCCUCCCUGCUGCAGCUGCAGUUCCUGUUCGACGUGCUGCAGAAGACCAUCUCCCUAAAGCUCAUCAAUCCACCAGGAGAGCUGCUCUCUCUGUGUGGAGGCGACCUGAGCUCUGCUCUUCCUUGGCUGGAGCUCCACACCCUGAACUUCAGCUACAACUCCAUCUUGUGCCUUGACCAGUCACUGGGUUUGCUAAACGUCCUGAAAUCUUUGGACCUGAGUCAUAACAAGAUUCAGGAUUGUGAGGAAUUUCUAAAGCCUCUGACUGAGCUGGAACAUUUAAACUUGGGCUAUAACUGCCUGCAGAGGGCGCCAGUGCUCAGCCCCAGUUCCAGGGCCAAGCUGCACACGCUGGUCCUCAGGAACAACCAACUGGAAACCAUUAACGGUGUGGAGCAGUUGUCUUCGCUGCAGCAUUUAGACCUGGCCUACAACCUGCUGCUGGAGCACUCCCAGCUGGCUCCUCUGUCCCUGCUGCACUGCCUCUGCACCCUGAACCUGGAAGGAAACCCGCUGUUCUUCCAGAGGAGCCACCGUACCGCCACGGUUCGCCAUCUGUCGCCGAAGGCGGCCGGCACCAGACUCAGGCUUGAUGGAACCCCGCUGACCUCCUCUGAGCUCUCGGAUACUGAGGUUCUAUUUCCGGCCUUGGAGCUGCAUUUCAACUACAUCGUUAAGGAAAAACGUUGUAGACGCUUCGUCCUUCUUGAUGAUGACCCUCAGCAGGCAGCUCAGGUUUUAAAUGACAUCUUAUCUGUCGUGGUGGAGGAGAACCAGCGGCGCCAUUCUGAACUCAUCCCCAACUGCGUUCGUCUCCAGUGCCUUCGCUGCAGGUCAGAGUUCACCUCAAAUAUGGCGACGGAUGAGGAAGAGGACACAGGAGGAGGAAGAGGCAGGAGUAGAGGGGGUGCUGCUGAAGGACAGUACUGGGAGGAGCAAACGGAGGCAGAUUCCUCCAAUCAUGGCGGCACAGGAAAAACUUGUGUUUGUCCAGAAUGUGGCAGUGACCAUGUGGUUCAAGUUGCCGAGCUCACGGCUCCUCUUAGCAGUACUCCCAUCAGUCAGUCGCCAAGGCCUGAAAGCAAAGAUCAUCUAGGUUCUACAUACAGUGGAGACAAGCUUGAUGAUACAAAGGAACUGUCAAGCUGUAGUCUCUUUCUGGAGACUGCCAUCACUUCAAUGGAGCCGAGCUUUGCCACAGCCCAGGGAACCUCCUUCUUUAUUGGCGAUGGUCCUGACGACACCAGCAGCCUCUCCUACAACACUGAGCACCAGAGUAAAGAAGACCUGGCUGGAAGCUACCACUACUCCAUCCUGGGAGAUACACCAACCUCAGCUGAGCCCACAGAGCCAUCCAUCCCUAAGGAUGACUUGGAUCUAUUAUCCGAGGAAAACAUGUCCGUGGACCAUCGGCUGAAGCUUUUCCUGGACAUGGAGGUCUUUGAAGAAGAAGAAGAGGAGCUUCACUCUUUCCUCAAGAUGUCAGCUGUAAAAUUUGGGGAAUUAGGGGAGGUUCCCUCGCUGUUGGUCGUUUCGAACCAGCGGUUAUACUUUCUGGAAAUGAUGUCAGACGUGCAAGGCUCACUUGCUGAUCGGCUAAGGAAGAAGGAUAGCUACCCAAUCGUGGAGCUCAGCUACCUGGAGGUGGGACUGGGCUCCCAGAGCAUCCACAUGAAGUUUGCAGAUGGAGGCGUGGCCUAUACUCUCCUGGUCAGGGACAGCGUGCGCUGCAAGCGCUUCUUUGGUCUCCUAACAGGAAUCGUUCGAGAGAAGGCUCACAAAUCGGAGAGCAUGCUGCAGUCCAUCUCCACCACCAGGCUCUCCAUCCAGCACCAUCUCUGGCCUCUCGUGUGCGAAGACAUCCAGGCAGAUGUGGAGGACGGACAGCUGCAGUUCUUCUACGUCCUGGCGUUCGUCCUACGAGAUGAGAGCUGGUUGUCUCUGACCGUCCUGGCGACCCGAGAAACCCUCUAUCUUCUGGAAGAAGACCACCAGUGGAGCAAAACCAGCUCAGCAGUAACUGAAAACAGCGAAGCAUGUAGCGGAAACGUGGUGGUGAUUGAAACUCUCCCAAUCAGCUGCGUGAGCUCAGUGGUUUUGUUGCCCUCGGACCAGCACAGGAUGGACAUUAAGCUUUUUGACGAGACUAUGAAACAGGAGAAGACGUGGUGCGUGCGCUUAGAGAGCGCGGAGCUCCUUCAGGGUCUGUUAUCCUGGGUCAGAACGCAGUGGGAGGCCAUGUUCGGAGUCAAGCUGCAAACAAGUCUGCAAGACGACCCGUCAUGAUGGGGAAAAAAAAAAGAAAAAGAACUGCUGAAGUUUUAUGCUUUAAUUGUGUGUUUGUUUUCAGGCGGGGGUGGGGAACAUGAGCGAGCAUGAACGACGGUGCAUCUUUGUUUUCUCUGCAUUCAGUCUGGUCCCAUUACGCUUUGUAGCUUUAAGCCAGGAGCUUGGAAGUGAUUGCAUUCAUUCAUGUGGUACACAAGGAAAAAAAAAAGAAAAUAUCCUGCUUGCAUAACUUCUCCAGGAAAAAAGAAAACAUCCCCGGUGAACUUUUCCACCACCGAAUCGAAGUGCGCCUCGCUUCUUUGUGAAGAUGUCAUGUCCUCGUCUUGUGAUGGAUCUAAAUGCACGUAAUUUUGUUCCAAGAUCACCCGUAGCGUUAAGCAAAUGGAGGGCAGCGCUCCGCCGCCACUUCGGCUGCGUCGAGCUGAAAAAGUUGCAGAGGAAAGAACCUGAUUCUACGUUAGGGUCUAGUUCAUCUGCAAAUUAUUGCUAUCAGAAGAUUUAACCUAAUUUUAGUUUAGAUACUCAUCAGCGCCAUCUUUGUGACAGUUUGAAAUGUCUUCCCCAGCUAUUACAGACGUGCAAAUUCAGGUUUAUGUUUUCCACUGUGAUGUGACAUUAAGUAAUAGGUGUUUUUUGCCUUUAUGGAUAAAUACAACAAGCUGACUUUUAUUUUUCUAUAAAUCUCCCGUGUGUGUACUUGGA